ACUGAAGCGAGUUAUUGCAUAUUGCUUACGUUGGAAAGAACCAAUCAAAUCAAGUACUACGCGACAGAUACGACCAUUGAGCGUCAACGAACUGGAUCAAGCGAUGCGGCUGAUCAUCAAAGCCAGGCCGCAUGCUGCACGACACCUUAUGGUAUAGAUAAGAAGAAACGCGACGGCCUCAACGGUGAUGUCGACGACGGCCUCAAUGACCACCCCGGCAGCGAUGACGAUCGUAACGGCCCCGGCGGCCCAGGCGGCGACGACGGUUCCGACGGCCCUAGCGGCCCCAACGGUGACGACGGCCUCGGCGGCCCCGGCGACGACGAUAGCUUCCGCGGUGACAACGGCCUCGACGGUCCCGGCGGCGACGACGGUUCCGGUGAUCCCGACGGUGACGACGGCGACCGAGCCAAUCGUAUUAACC